AUGAGCGCCGAGGAACAAGGCGAAAUUGCAGCUGUCGUGGCGGCGGAACACGAACAAAGCGACUCCGAGCCGCGCCAAGCCGUUUGCUGGCGCCUUGUGGAUUUUGGCGAAGAGAAGGGCAAGGGCAUGCGCGCGACUCGUGCGAUUUCGCGCGGUGAGCUUCUCUAUUCCGACCCGGCUUUGCCUCUGUUCAUUCAGACCGAAGGGUGCGCACGCGAAAUUGACGAGGCCAUGGGCUUUCAGCAAGAUAGCUCCUCCGAUGAUGAUUCCGACGCGGAGUCAGACUACUCUACUGACGAUAGGGACGAUGCUAAUAAUGAAGAAGAACAACUCGAAGAUUGGUGGCGCCGCCGCGUCACGCGGUCCGAGCUCGACUUAUUUGCGCAAGCCUUUCCGAUGAAUUGCAGUGACAAGAUGCCGCCCAGCAUGCGGAUGAUGCGGAAAUACAAUUUUGUUCGGAAGCAGUUUGCCCAUUUGCGCCAGGGACUACUCGAUGAGGUGAGGGUGAAUCCCACCGAGCGGCAGAAGUUUCUGGACGCUCACGAUUCGUUCGCGCACGUGCUGGGCCGACAGACGGUGCUGGGGACUUGGCAGACCAACGCGAUGGCGAUUUCGCCGGAUCAGUCGGAUUUCCUGCCGAAGGGCGCUAUGCCGGCGGUCAUGUGUCCUCUGGUGGCACGACUGAACCACAGUUGCAGCCCCAACGUGCUACAUCACUGGGACGCUGCAAAGAAGGAAAUGCGGGUGGUGGCAGCUCGGGACAUUGAGCCGGGGGACGAAUUGUGCACGAGCUACUGCGAACUGCGUCAAACGAAGGAGGACCGACAGGAUUUUCUGCGCGAGUUCUACGGCUUCACCUGCGCCUGUUCAUCGUGCUCAUUGGACAGCUCUGACGAAGAGGCAUUGAACGGCGGCGCGGGAGAACUCAGCGACAUUCGGCGGGAAAGAAUACAGGAGCUCUCGGCGCAGGUGUUUGCGGACGAAAACGAAAUGUGUGGAAGAGGACCUGCCCACAAUACUAGACGACCAGCAGCCGCGCAUCAGCGCUCAACGGAAAGGGCCGUGACGGAGCUGAUUCGGCUGCUAAAGGAGGAAGCAUUGUUCUGUCCAGUGUUCGAAUACAGAUGCAACUCUGCGCUUUUUGAAUCGGCGGUGCGGCACAAGGAUCGUGAGCAGGCGUUUCUCAUCGCAGAGAAGUGCGCAAAGGCGCUGGGGAGCUAUAUGGGAUCGGAUGAGACGGAGGUGCGGAUAUGGAGAAGGCGUGCGAUUGACGAAGAGUAUCUGGUCCAGCAUCCAUUGUGGGGGCAGAAAAAAGAGAGGCAGAGCAAAACGACACGAGAAAGUGGAUCCUUUGAGGAAUCGUCCAGGAGGGGGCGCAAAAAGGACUAUGGCCGGCGUACGAAGGGGAAUGAUAGACUGUGA